CCAAUAACUCACAUCCCCACAAACACUCUUCUCUUUUGUAGCGAAGUAGUGUUUGCGAUUCAUCAAUAUCAGGAACUACUACAGUUUCAGAUGGCUUCCAAAACUACCUCUUCCCUUGCUCUUUUCUUCACAUUCAACAUCCUCUUCUUUGCCCUUGUCUCUGCUUGUGGGACUUGCCCUGGGCCAAAGCCCAGGCCAAAGCAUAAGCCUGUCAAACCAAGUCCUUCAGGUGGUUCAGGUGGCUCGGGAGGUUCCGGUGGCUCAGGUGGUUCGGGUGGUUCAGGUGGCUCCGGUGGUUCCGGUGGAUCUGGUGGUUCAGGUGGCUCUGGUGGUUCUGGAGGUUCUGGGACCACAUGCCCCCGUGAUGCACUUAAACUAGGAGUGUGUGCCAAUGUGCUAAACGGGUUGGUGAACGUCACCUUGGGUCAACCACCAGUUACCCCUUGCUGUAGCCUCCUCAAUGGUCUGGUUGAUCUUGAGGCUGCAGUAUGUCUCUGCACUGCCCUUCGAGCAAACAUUUUGGGUAUCAAUCUCAACCUUCCCAUCUCACUCUCCUUGCUUCUCAACGUUUGCUCUAUACAACCCCCACGUAAUUUCCAAUGUUCCUAAUCAUGCCCAAGUUGGUGCUACCUGUGCCUUUCUGUUGUCUUGUUUUCCAAAUUUCAUUGAUCGUGGGUGCGAUUCAAGUACGUGCAUGGAUGGUUAACUUCUCGUUAUUCUGUCGCUUUAAUUAGUGUUUGUUUAAUCAUGAAAAGUGUCGCAUUAAAUAAAUUCCCAACGCUUUCUUGUGUAAAGCGAAAGGAAUCAAACAUGAUAGUGUUAUUUAUUUGACUGAUCGAUAAAUGAUUAAUGUUACAAACAUCUCUUAUUUUA